AAGAUCCUUAGUUUGAUUGCCUUCAUCAAGUGAUCUUCAACAGUAAAAAUGGGGCGAUCGCCGUGUUGCGAUGAGAAUGGGCUGAAGAAAGGGCCAUGGACACAAGAUGAGGAUGAUAAAUUAAUCGAUCACAUUCAAAAACACGGCCAUGGAAGCUGGAGAGCUCUUCCUAAGCAAGCCGGUUUAAACCGAUGCGGAAAGAGUUGCAGAUUGAGAUGGACCAACUACUUGAGACCUGACAUCAAGAGAGGGAGCUUCACUGCAGAGGAAGAAGAAACCAUCAUCAACCUCCAUUCCCUUCUUGGAAACAAGUGGUCGUCGAUAGCCAGUAAUCUUCCUAGGAGAACGGACAACGAGAUCAAAAACUAUUGGAACACACAUUUGAGAAAGAAACUUCUCCAAAUGGGGAUUGAUCCGGUCACACAUAGGCCGAGAACUGACCAUCUAAACGUCUUAGCUGCUCUUCCACAGCUUAUAGCCGCCGCAAAUUUCAAGAGCCUCUUGAAUCUCAAUCAAAAUGUGCAACUGGAUGCAACAACUCUUGCUAAAGCCCAAAUAUUACACAAUAUAAUUCAAGUCCUUAGCACCAAUAACAACAACAAUCCCUCAUCUUGGCCAUUAGCCAUGCAGACCAGUGACAAUCUCUUUGGCCAAUCUUCUUACUUAGAGAACCAAAAUCUUUUUGGCCAAUCUCAAAAUUUAUCUCACAUUCUUGAGAAUAGUCAUGACGAGGAUUUUAUAGUAAAAAACCAAACAAUUGAUCAUCCUUUGGAUUCUUUUUCUUCCCCGAUGCAAAUGGAUGUUCAAGAUGAUCACUAUUCGCUUCCACUAUUGGUUUCGGGUUCGCCUGAGGAAUCCAAACAAAGUCAGAUAAAGAUCAAGAACAAAGACAUCGUCCAUGAUCAGCAUCAUCAUCGUGAUACUUCAAAUCCUUCAUCAACAAACUCCACGUUCACACAAGAUCAUCAUCGACCAUGGUGUGACACUACUAUUGAUGAUGAAACAAGUGAUUCUUAUUGGAAAGAUAUCAUAGAGCAAACGUGUUCGGAACCAUGGCGGUUUCCUGAAUAGACAAGAUUGACAAAAAUUAAAUAAAGAGAGAC